AUGCCGAAAAUACAAAAUAAAACUGAGAAACCGCGAGAACCUGACGACGAUUACGAAGUAGUGUCAUUUGAAGAAUAUUGUGAUAAGCCUGCAGAUGCAAAAAGUGACUUAUUGUCUUUAAAUGAUAAUAUUAACUAUAGAAUUUAUUAUGAAAGUCUCAAGAUGCCCAAAGAUGGAAGUGGUUCAGCGGUUGAAGAGAUAUAUGACAGAGAAAUAGAAGGUCAAAAGGAAACCUCCUUAAAUGGCCAAAAGGAUGCCCCAUAUACAAAAUUACCUUUUGCACCUUUUGGGAAGAGUGGCAACAAGUUUCGUGCUUCACUCUUUAGUGGUAUCAUUCCCAAGCCAAGGAGUGAUGGAGAAUCUUCAAGAGAGCUAAGAUAUCAACGCUUCUCGCAGCGUCGAAGCUCUCUACAACGUUUCUGGGAGCAAAUUAAAAGCAUCUGCCCCGGGAUGCUGGGCGUAGGGCUCGUUUGUGUGCUGUGCGUCGCUGUGUGGCUGGUUGUGGGUGGAGCUCUUGGCGGCGCGUGGACCGAGGAUAAGUAUCGGAAAUUGUGGGAGCGUGUUCACCCAGAGAACACUGAGAAACCGAUGACCUAUUACGAAAUGAUUGUUCCUGAAAUCCAUUACCACGACCACAACAACCUAAGUACAAAGAACAAAGUGAACGGCUCCGAAACCGCUAAAAAGGCGACAUUCGAUUCGGAUGAGAAAUAUCAGCGCCAGAUGAGGCCAAAACCCAUCCAAGUUCCGACUAAAGAUGACCAUGACACCGGUGCCAAAUAUUUGGAAAGAACUCCCGAGAUGCUACAAAAAAUGUGUGCACAAGUGACAGAUGAUAAUAUGCGUUUCGACUGCUUCCCACAAGAUGGGUCCAAUGAAGAAGACUGCUUGAAAAGAGGUUGCUGUUGGAAGUUGACAUCGGUGCCAGGUGCGCCAUACUGCUUCUACCCGCCUCAAUACGACUCGUACACGUUUCUCAACAUGACGGAGAGGAAGCGCGGUAUCACCGCCUACUACACACUCAACCGACCCUCCGGAUAUCCGGGCGAUUUCCAGCAAGUCUGUCUCGACAUAAUGUUUGUCAGUGGCGAUAUCAUUCAAAUUAAAAUAACCGACGCUCAAAACAAAAGAUUUGAGCCAUCAUACCCUGAGCUCCCCAUGGGAUAUGGUUCUCUGAAAAAGAUGACCUAUAAGGUGAUUGUGGAUAGCUCCAGUAUUGGCUUCAAAGUGGUCCGACUCUCUGACAAUGUUACUUUGUUCAACACUCAGAACAUAGGCGGACUGAUUCUUUCCGAUAAGUUCCUGCAACUGUCUGCAGUAUUGCCAACGGACACGCUGUAUGGCCUGGGGGAGAGACGAACCAGAUUUAAAACGGACCUUAAAACCCGGCAGACAUUUACACUGUUUAAUUAUGACCAGCCACCAAUGGAGAAUAUCAACCUGUAUGGCACCCAACCGUUUUAUAUGGCAUUGGAGCCAAGCGGUAAAUCCCAUGGAAUGCUGCUUAUCAACUCUAAUGCAAUUGACAUAGUCCUCCAACCAACGCCGGGGAUAACAUACCGGACUAUCGGUGGGAUCCUAAAGUUUUACAUGUUCCUUGGCCCGUCCCCGAGUGACGUCACAUCGCAGUUGGCCAACGUACUUAGCACGCCUUUCAUGCCGCCAUAUUGGGCGCUGGGCUUCCACUUGUGCAAAUACAAUUAUGGAAGCCUGCAAGUCACACGUGAUGUAUGGAAGAGCAACCGAGAUGCGGGGAUACCAUUAGACGUGCAGUGGAAUGACCUAGACUACAUGAAGGACGGCAACGAUUUUACAUAUGAUAAUGUCAAGUUCAAGGAUCUGCCCCGGUUCGUGAAGGAACUGCACGGAGUCGGGAUGCACUAUGUCGUUUUGAUGGAUCCUGGAGUGAGUGCCGCUGAGAAACCUGGAACCUAUCCACCAUUCGAUCGCGGUCUGGAAAUGGAUGUUUUUAUUAAGAACUCAACUGGGCAGCCAUUUGUGGGGAAGGUUUGGAACCGAGUCUCCACAGUAUGGCCUGACUUCACGCAUCCCAACGCAUCCGCUUACUGGACUGAAAUGCUGUCAAACUUCCACAAGAAGAUACCGUUCGACGGUGUUUGGAUUGAUAUGAAUGAACCGUCGAACUUCGUAUCGGGCUCUUUAUACGGACAAUGCGCUCCUGAAGACUUACCAUACAAGCCCCACUAUAUAGGCAAAGAGGGACUUCGUCACAAAACACUUUGCAUGGAUGCAGUACAUGCAGCUGGCUCGCACUAUAACUUGCACAACGUGCAUGCUAUCUUCGAAGCCGCCUCAACGUAUUAUGCAAUGGCUGCUAUUCGAGGCACUCGUCCGUUUAUUAUAUCGCGCGCGACUUUCCCGUGGAUGAGAAAGUUUGCGGGCCACUGGAGCGGCGACGUGGCCAGCGAAUGGCACGACUUGCGCAUGAGCAUUCCCGAACUCCUCAGCUUUAGCAUUUUCGGCAUUCCGAUGAUGGGCACCGACAUUUGUGGCUUCCGUGGCAACACUACGGUUGAGUUGUGCAAACGAUGGAUGCAAGUUGGCGCCUUCUAUCCCUUCUCCAGGAAUCAUAACUCUGACACUUCCAUGCCACAAGAUCCGGUCAGUAUGGGACCAGAAGUAGUGGCGGCUUCACGCACAGCACUGAGGAUGCGCUACAGCCUACUGCCUUACUACUACACCCUGUUCUGGAAAGCGCACAUGCAUGGAGACCUGGUGGCCAGGCCGUUGCUAUUUGAAGACCCAAGCGAUGUGACAACGCAUGAUAUAGACGAGCAGUUCAUGAUCGGGCCCUAUUUGCUGAUAUCUCCUAUCCUAUGGCAAGGCGCCACGACUGCCCGGGCAUACUUCCCAGGCAAGCAGCCCUGGUACAACCUGGCAGAUGGUAAACUAUUGUCCACUGGUGGCUGGAGGAAUGUCACCGAUGGACAGAUGAUAGCGGUAAAGGGCGGCGGUAUACUGACACUGCAAGAGCCUCCCGAGGGCGUUGUGAGUACGAGCUUGUGUCGCUCGCGGCCGUUCCAGCUGCUGGCCGCGCCCGACCGCGCCGGCCGAGCCAGCGCCGCGCUCUACUGGGACGACGGCACCAACCUGAGCACAUACGAUGAAAGCAAAUACAGUAUCGUCAACUUCACACUGGACAAGCAGGAGUUCAAAAGCACCAUCCAGUCAUGGGCAUAUGGUAUGCCACCAGUAAACAAGGUCACCAUCCUCGGUCAGAAGUAUUCCGUGAAGAAUGUAACCCUCAACCAGGCUCUUUGCAAGAAACCCGUCUGCGAGUUCACAUACUCGAGCAAAACACAAAUGUUGGUUGUAUAUAAUCUGAUGCUGCUUCUAAAUGAACCCAUUCAUAUCCAAUGGACGAUCCAGGAUAAAAUGCCAAAAGUUGGAACUAAAUAA